AUGGCGUCGACCGCGCGCGCGCUCGCGGGCGUCGCGUCGACGCGGCGUCGCGACGGUGGUCGAACGCCGACGUCAUCGUGGACCGCACGAACGCAGAGACGAGGGACGACGCCGCACGCGGUGAGCGAACCGCCGCCGGAGACGAAGAACAGACAGAGUGAGGGCGCGACGACGUCGAACGCGUCGUCGAGCGUGUCCGAGAUGGCGCAACAGAUGAAAGAGGCGCGAAAACGCAUGGAGGAGGACGAGGACCUGAGCGUUCUCAUGGCUGGUCUGCGCGGAAGCAACAUCGAUGACAGUGAUUUCGCCGCGGAUGGAGUUCAAAUGAAGGUGGUGGAUGUGGAUAAAUUGAGAAACGACGAGCUCGGGGACGAGCUGCCGCUGCACUACGACCCAGAGCUCAUUGCGAGCUACUGGUCCAAGCGACCAGCCGCAGUGGCGCAGCGCGUGGCGCAGCUCAGUACCAUCGCAGGAUCAUUCAUCGCCGGCAUCGUGAGCGAUUUUGUGACGAAGAGCGUGGAGAAAAACGCGGUGAAGCGGGCGAUUCAGAUUCGUGAGAUCGUCACCUCUCUCGGACCCGCGUACAUCAAGCUUGGCCAGGCACUGAGUAUUCGUCCAGACAUUCUCACUCCUGCGGCGAUGAACGAGCUACAAAAGCUGUGCGACAAGGUCCCGAGCUUCGAUAACGGACUGGCAUUCGCCACCCUUGAGACCGAGCUCGGUUGCAAGUGGCAAGAGGUGUACAGCGAGCUCGGGCCCGAUCCCGUCGCCGCGGCGUCGCUCGGGCAGGUGUACAAGGGCAAGCUCAAGGACACGGGCGAAGUGGUCGCCGUGAAGGUUCAACGACCGGCCGUCCUGGAGACGGUUUCGAUCGACUUGUUUGUGUUGAGAAAAGUGGGUGUGUUCCUGAGGCGCUUUCCCGCCAUCACCACGGAUGUCGUCGGCUUGCUCGAUGAGUGGGCGGCGCGCUUCUUCGAGGAACUUGAUUACAACUUGGAGGGAGAGAAUCAGACCAACUUCGCCAAGAGCAUUGCCAAGGAUUUACCCCAGGUGGUAGUACCACGAACGUACGCGCAGUUCACCAGGCGAAAAGUAAUCACAUCGGAAUGGCUGGAAGGGGAGAAGCUGUCGCAAUCCACUGCGGACGACGUCGGUGACUUGGUGAACAUUGGCGUCAUUUGCUACUUAAAGCAACUCCUCGACACUGGUUUCUUUCACGCCGAUCCUCACCCAGGUAACUUGAUUCGCACACCAGACGGUCGAUUGGCCAUUUUGGAUUUCGGACUCAUGACAGACAUCGACGAUAACAUCAAGUAUGGGAUGAUCGAGGCCAUCAGUCACUUGAUUCACCGCGACUACGAAGCCAUCGUGAAGGAUUUUGUCACCUUGGAUUUCAUCCCCGAGGGCACAGAUCUGAAGCCAAUCUUACCCGUUCUCGGGCGUGUGUUUGAUCAAGCGCUCGAAGGAGGUGGCGCGAAGAACAUCAACUUCCAAGAGCUCGCCGCGGAUCUGGCGCAAAUCACGUUUGAUUACCCGUUCCGCAUUCCGCCCUACUUCGCGCUCAUUAUUCGAGCCAUCGGGGUGCUCGAAGGUAUCGCCCUCGUCGGUAACCCCGACUUUGCCCUCGUCGAUGAAGCUUACCCGUACAUUGCGAAGAGGCUUCUCACGGAUGACUCUCCGCGCCUGCAGGAGGCACUUCGAUACAUGGUGUAUGGAAAGAAGCAAGUCUUUGACGCCGACAGGAUGAUCGACCUUCUCGAGGCUCUUGAGACGUUCCGUUCCGCAAGUGCGAUGUCCCAAGGAGAUCCAACCAAGCAGGCUGCCAGUCCGCGCUUGGAGCUGACUGCCACUGCUCCGACCCAGACGGAUGAGAAGCUCACGCGAGAGGCGCUGCAGUUCGUCCUCUCGCCUGAGGGUUCGUUCUUCCGCGAGUUCCUCCUCGAUGAGGCCGUCAAGGGCAUCGAUGCUCUCAGUCGAGAUAACGCGAUUCGGCUUUUGACCGCUUUCGGGCUUCAGAACACCAAUAUUCCUGUCUUCUUGCCGGGAUUCCCAUCCUUCAUCCCGCUCUCGCCGAAGAUGACCAGCGAGGACAAGGCGACGUUGGCGAGCACCACCAAGCUACUCAACUUCCUCCUCCGUGGCACGCGAAGCGAUCAAAUCAAUUUCCAGGAUUUCGCAAACUUCUCAGGCGCCUCUGCUCGCUUGAAUUCGCGAGCGCUCAACGAAAUCUCUCCAUUCUUGCCCGCUGUUGCAACGGAAAUCAUGCCCGAGCUCACGAGACGUCUCAGCUCGAGAGUCGCCGCUCGAGCCAUUAGAGACGUUUUCGGUGGUGCCGUGGCGUAG